AUCAAAGCCUGUCACCGCUGUUCGCGAUCUCUUUUUGGUAGUUGUCGCUGUUUGAUUGUAAAGUCCGUUGACAGCAGAGCCCAUCGGGGCAAUUAGAAUGGCAGCAGUUCCUUUUGCUUGUCCUGCUGAACGUCCAUGGGCCAUUUGUCGAGAUGCAUCCGCUCCCUCACCAUCCUCGUCACCGCUAUUCUGUGCGACGGAGGAACCGCCGUCGCUGAAAUAUCCGACCGGCCCCGACAUUACCAUGGACAGCCCGCUGUGCUUGCGCAUUUCAUCGUCGCGUGCAAGCUUGGCGAAAUACUUCUGUGCAUGGCUUCGGAUCUGUGCAGAUGUGCGCGUUUUGAUCUUGGCCGCCACUUUUUUCCAUUCACGGCCAUAAAGGCGCAAUCCCGCGAGGAAGCUUUGGUGUUCUUGCUCCGUCCAGCGGCCUCCAUUCAUCCCUGUUUGCCCCUUUUGGUGAGUUGCGUUGGACGAUGUUGGGACGGGGGCUGCUGUUGCGGAUGAUUUCAACUUUGACGUUUCAAGUGACAUCGUUAGUGGAGAUACACUAGUCGAUGACACAAGAGGAACGAUUGCUGGUGAGUUUGAGUUACUGUAAUCGCUGUCGAACAGCUCAGCAGUGACGGUAGCAGUGAUCGGCAGCAAUGCUGGACUGGAGUCCGCAGACAUAAUGCUGUCGGUUGGACUUGCUACUGAUGGAGACGCUGAUGGGGAGAAGGACAUGAGUGUUGCAGACGAGAUUGGGUCGUGAAGCAUCGACGAGGAGUUGCGUUUGUCAGACCAGGUUGCGGUGGUGUCCGCUAUUGUCAAAGAUACCGAUGCUGCUGCGCUACUGGUAAUUCCGGUGGAUUGAGCGGCGGCCGCCAACUUGAGAAGUGAGCUUUGUCGAUCCAAGAAAGAUAUUCAAAGCUGGGUGCUUGGGUUCGUUUCGUACUCUAUCCGCUGAGGUAUGAAUACGAGCGCACAAAGCAGAAGGAAGGCAUUAAGUGCGCGAGCAGUUACGUGUCGAAGUGUGGCUGGAUAUAAAGCAAAACCAACGCGCAGACUGGCUCCUCCGCGAAUCCAUAUCUUAACAACAACACCAAAAGGUUUGCCUCGGCGCGAUAGAUAUGUAGGUGCAACCGCAACACACGACGGAGCUCACUAUUCAUAGUCGCUAGGUCUCCGUCUCCUACUCGCAUCACGAGUGUUUGCUUCGUUUCACUACAGCAAAUAUGAGUCGCCUGCCAACAUAUUUAUAGACAA